GUGACAUUUGUUAUUUGACGUUUCUCCCCUCAACAAAAUUUUCAUUUUCCAAACGAAAAUUCGGACGCAGAGCCGGAAUAAAGUUCAGUAAAGUAGCGCAGCCUCCAUCCCCCUUGUCUAGUCUAGCUCCAUCCCCAUGGAAGAAGCCGAGCUGACACCGCCCCCGCCGCCGUCCCUCAAAAACAGUUCCUCGUCAAACGACGGCGGCGACUGGACGUGCCCCGAGUGCGGCAACGUGAAUUUCGCGCGCAGAAACAGCUGCAAUCGGUGUCACAAAAAUCGCGGACCUAAUGCCGGUGUGAAAAAACGGAAACUGGGACACGAGAUCGGCAAAGCGGCGGCCGAGAAAAGCAGGGGGCUGUUCAGCGCGGACGACUGGCAAUGCAACAAGUGUGGGAACGUGAACUGGGCUCGGAGGCAGCAGUGUAAUGUUUGUAACGCUCCGAAGUUUGGGGAGGUGGAGGAAAGGACGGGCUUUGGCGGGGGGUAUAACGAUCGGGGGGUGGUGGAGUACAAGGAACACGAGGAGUCGGACGAUGAAUACGACGAGUUCGGGAGGAGGAAAAGAAAGAGAGACGGGGAGAAAAGUGACAGAAGUGACAGAAGUGAGAGGAAGGAGGUGGAUGAAGAAGAGGAGGAGGAGGAAGAGGAAGAGGAGGACGACGAUGGGGAUGGGGAUCUGUCCAAGUAUGAUUUGUCAGAUUGGGGGGAUGCGGGGGAGGCGAAUAAUAAAGAGAACCGCGAAAGAUCGCGGUCGAGGUCUCCGCAUGAAAAGAAGAAGAAUUAGUGGAAAGCGGAUGCUGAUUAGAGACUUAUAGGUUAUAACCGCGGCUUUGUAUUGUGAAUAAUCCAAGAUAGGGUUAAUAGGACAUUAAUUAAUGGUGGUGUUUUUACCACUGUUGAAGUAACAAAUUUCAUAGUUUGUUAGUUAUAUUUAUUACUGUCCAGUUUAAGAAAAACAACAGCUGUCAAUUCUCUUUAAACAAGCAUGUACAAAAUUUAUUUUUACUAAUUUUGGAGACACUCAGGCCUGUUUAAUGUGGCACUAAAUUUAAAUCUAAAUUUAGAGUAGGUGCAACUUGCAUCAUGGAAACAAGAAAAACCACCUCAUUCUAAAUAUAAAACAGUGAUUUUCUAAGACAAUUUUUUUUUGUUUCCGUACAUUCAUUUUAAAUUUAAUUUUAAAUGUAGUGUUUCAAACGGGCCUUAAUGGUCGGAGAAAUGUGGACGAUGUUAUAUUUAAAUAUCCACUAAUGUUACGUUAACAUGAUGUUAAACGACAACGAAGUGUCUACUAAACACUUGACGUCAUGUUACAUGAUUUCAGAGCGCUUAAAUUAUGGAUUACUUCAGAUGCUAAGGUAUUUUUCUGACUAUGAGAGUUUUUAGAAUCUAUUUUUUAUUGACUUAAAUAUUUUCUGUAUUAUAGGAAUAAUUCCCAUUUGUAUUGUCUUGUUUCAGUGGAUCCAAUUUUCACAGUUUUGGCCAUUCUCCUCCCAUAUGCACUUAUGUAUGUUAAAAAGAAGUAAAUAAAGAUAAUAGAAAUUUU